AUGCCGAAACGCAAACUCUCCGAUCGCGACUCCGCGCCCUCCCACAGCCUACAGACGAUCCGACUUAGCCAGAAAUUCGACCAAGGCGUGCAGCUCCUCACCAAAGCGAUCAAGACGGCGCGCGGAUUCGAAAGACAGAAACUCGGGCGACGAGAGAAGACGGCCAAGAGCCAGGGAGGCGAUGAGACGUUGAAGAGACUUGCGGAGGAGGUGCAGGUGUUGAAGAGCCUAGACCCUCCCAUCGUCGCCGCAAAAUACCUCCUCAAGCAGAUGUUCAAGACGAAGCGCAUCGCCGAAACCACCGCAUUCACGGAAUUCCACGCAUACAAAAGCAAAAAGAUCUCGACGGAGGGGCCCAAGUCGCCCGCAGAGGCGAACGUCAUGGCGCGACUGUACAAAUCCAACCCCGUAAAAAAUGUGUAUCCGGAUAUCAUGACGGGGAUUCGCGAUUUGCUGGGCCUAAAGGAUGCGCCGGCCGGGAGGAAGGACGGAAAGGGCAAGGAGAAGAAGGGUGACGCGAAGACGCAGAAGUCAACGUCGAAGGCAGAGCAGGAUGAUGAUAUUUCGGGUGAGGAGAGCGGGGAGGAGGAGGAUGGUGCCGCGCUGGACGCGAAGGUACCGACAUCGAGGAAGGGCGGUGAUGACGACGAUGAUCAGGAUAUGAGCGAUGCGGGCAGCGACGACUUCGCUCAAUUUGAUUCCCGACUUGCGCCGGACUCUGAAGAUGAAGACGAGGAAGGAGAGCAGUCGGGGAGCGAGGACGGAUCGGAAAGCGGGAUCGAUCUGUCGACCGCAAGACUCCCCUCCGAUAUGUCCAUCUCUCGAUCUCCCUCGCCCGACUCACACCCGGCCAAGAAGCAGAAGGCCAAGAAGGCUGCGGCCGCUCCGAUCACCAGUACGACCUUCCUCCCCUCCCUCAGCAUGGGCGGGUACUUUUCCGGCUCCGAGUCCGAGGCCGAAGAUGUCCAAGAGGCUCCGGUUCGCAAGAACCGAAUGGGUCAGCAGGCGCGUCGGGCUCUGUGGGAGAAGAAGUUCGGGUCCGGUGCUAAUCACGUCAAGAACCAGAAGGAGAAGGGCAGGAACAAUCGCGACAACGGCUGGGACGCUCGCCGGGGUGCCACGGACGGUCGAGAAGGCCCGCGGGGGAGACGCGGCCAGGGACGAGGAGGCGCGACGGGAGCGACGGGGGCCAAUGCAUUGCCUAGCACGGGUGAUCGUUCGCGCGGUGCGCCGCCGAAGAAACCGGAAGACAAUAAGCCCUUGCAUCCCUCGUGGGAAGCCGCUAAGAAGGCCAAAGAGCAGAAGACCGCUUCGUUCCAGGGCAAAAAGGUGGUGUUCGAUUAA